AUGUCGACCCAGAUUUCAUCACAGGUACUGGCGAAACUGAACAAGCUGAUACAAGAUGAAGACGAUCUUUCGAAUUUGGACACCUUGAUAUCCGACAUAUCCAAGGAACAAUCGACCAUUGAUUCCCAAUUGAAGAUCGAGCAAGAACGACAUUUGCAACAAAUUCAUAUGAUGAUUUCCAGUAUGCAGUCAGCCAAUAAAAACUUGCAAGAUUUGAAAUACAGUGUCGGGAAACUAGAUGAACUACGGCGGGAUAACUUGUCAAAUGUCAACAAAAACAACGACUUCGUGGUAUUUGAUCAUGCCGCCUUGGUCAUGAAAAACAUUAAUGCAACGGAGGAGGUUUAUAACAACAUUGCCACUUUUCAUCAGAAUCAGAAGACGAUUAUGAGGCUAUUGAAUGAUGAGAUCACAAAGGAUGAGAAUGGAGAAUUACCGAACUCUACGGGUGAUAAUCUAUUGAUUGCGCACUACCAUUUAACGAAGUUGAGAGAUUUGCAGGAUCAGAUGGAGCUAAUGUCCAGAAAUUCAAUUUUGUCAAACACUAAAAGCAUAGUUUAUGAUCUCUCCCUGCAGCUAGGCGAGUGUGUGAAGAAGUUUGAUCAUUUGCUAAGUAUAAUCGUUGAUUCCGUCUUAGAUUUUGUUGAAACCGGUAAUUUUGGAUUUCUCAUCAAGGUGAUAAAAAUAAUCCAAUAUGAAGAAAGAGAAGACUUGAAAGUGCGUUUGUGGAACUACUUGAUUGACAAGAAGAACAACACGGAACAUUCUGCUACCGCCAACUUGAAUGACAGUAGGAUGACUAAGGUGAAAAGGUCUUCUGAAAGAGGAUACAAGGCUAAGUUUGAACAAAUUUUCAAGAAGAGCAUUGAAGACAGGUUUAUUGACAUACUAAGUUCCAAAGACUUGAGUAUUUUCCUUGGAGAACAAGGUACUUUCUAUUAUCAAACUAUAUCGGAUUACAAAACUGCCGUUACGAAAUGUUUCCCUGAAGAGUGGAAUUUUUUUCCUAAAAUAUUAGAAUGGCAUCAGGAGGCCGUUCGGGAUAUUGUGAACAGUAUAUUGGAUUCUGGCGAAUUCAGCAAUCAGCAGUUGGCUCAAAUUAUUGAUUUGGACUACGAAAACAAACAAAUUUUGAAGCAAACGUUCAAAAUAUCCAACAAAGAAAUCAAAAGUAUCAGACUUUUGUCCGAAGAUAAAAAGAAACAGUUGCUCAACAGCUCACUGCAAGAAAACAUCAGUUCCACUACCAAAUGGAUUGAUACAGCUCUUGAAAAAGCUGUUGCAAGAUUCGAGUCAUUGAGCGAAGAACCAAGUGACCGCAGAGAAGACCGCUUGUCUUUUCAAGUUUCGCAGGAUGUUAUGCUCAUACUAUCUUCCAAUACCAAAAACAUCCGUACUUUGGGGGAUGCCUCUGUUUUGGUGCAAUAUUUCGGGUUCUUUGCCAAUGACAUCAUGAGGAAAUAUCAAGAUAUUUGGGUUAGCGCAUUGGACAAGAUGACCAAGCUAUGGGUGAUAUCUAGAAUGACGGACGCAAAAGCUAAGGGGAAGAUGCUAAAAGGAGAUGAGCAAGUCAAUGAGAACAUUGGAUAUUUGCCAAGGUAUAUCACCAAUUUGUCGAACGAUUGCUUGAUUUUGACUGAUGCAUUGGAAAGGGACUUUGACUCGAUCACGUCUGGAUUGAACGAGGUGCACACUCAUAAGUUGCUUGAGCUGAAGCAGGUUGCCACCAACCAUUCGAUUGAGCUUGGUGCGUACUGCUUACAGAAGUUAUCGUCACUAGCAUUGGAGGAUUACGGGUUGAUGAUGAACGACUUGUUCACCAAGUCAUGGUACAAAUCGUCCACCAUCAUUGACAGCGUUCUGAAUGUGAUCGACGAGGAGUAUCUAAUGCCAUUUAUCGAUUUCUCAUAUCCAGAACUACUCGUGUCUUUGUUCGACUUCAUCACGGAUGAUUUCUUACUGAGAUAUCUCAGCAUGCUCAAUUACCGAAGAAGCUUUGAGAAGAAGAUUGUGGACUCCUUGGAGAGAGAUGGCCACAAGAUCAUGGAUGUACUACAGAAGCACGACGAGGACGGGAUCUUGGAGAACAAGAUGAUCAUACUCGAUAUCCUGAUCGAGCUGAUCUCCUCGGCAAACGAGACGGAGUAUGUCGAGAAGUGGGGGAUUGCGUUGGGCGAGAUCUACGACCUCCCCGUGGAUCUGCUGAAAGUGAUACUCGAGUGCAAGAAGGAGGACAAGUCGAGAAUCACCUUCAUUCUGGGUGAGUGCACGGAGCUGUGCAAGCAGUCGAUGACCGAACACAUCGACGAGCCGCCAACCAUCUUCCGCAAGUUCCACUACGCCCCCCUGAAGAAGUGA